UCACAGCCGUGUUGACACUGACGAGAGGGGAAGGGCUCAUACCCCCGCCUCCCCUCAUCACAGACCAGCCUUACUUCGACUCCUCCAUGUUGGUGAAUCAGACAGCACACGUGGGGAGGCAGGCGGAGCUCCACUGUCGCGUCCACUCCAUCGGGAACAGAACGGUGUCAUGGAUCCGAGGGCGGGACCUGAGAAUCCUGACGGUGGGGCGCUACACCUACACGACAGAUCUUCGCUACGAGGCGCUGCACCAGAACGGAACCAACCAGUGGACUCUGAGGAUUCGGUCAGCCCAGCCACGAGACCAAGGGACCUACGAGUGUCAAGUUAGCACCAAGCCCGUCAAGACCUUCACCACCUACCUGAGGGUGCUCGAGCCCCGCGGGGAGAUCCUCGGCGCACCGGACCUCUACGUGCAGAAGGGCAGCAUGAUUAACUUGACGUGUGUGCUGCAGGACCUGCCUGAGCCGCCUCUGUAUGUGCGGUGGUACCACAGCAACAAGCUCUACACCAACAGGAACAUCAGCUACAGCAGCAGUCGUGGGGGCGUGUCCAUGAUCGUCGAGAAGGGCCCCACCACCAUCAGUUACCUGCUAAUUACCUCGGCCCGAGUGGAGGACAACGGCGUGUACAGCUGCGUCGCCAACAACCUUAACGCCACCUCCAUUACGCUGCAUGUCCUCAAUGGUGAGCAUCCAGCAGCCAUGCAGACCAACAAGGGGUCUUCUCCCUCCAAAGGCCAUUAUCUAGUGUUGGCCGCCGUUGUCGUCAGGAUACUGUGGCACGGACGGCUACAGGGCACCUAACGCCCCUCCAGCCUUUGGCACUGAAGCAAGAAAAGUGACCAUCUUUCACCUUUGCCGCGGGACCUGAGCCUCCACGUUCGGUCUACGGUGACCUGAAGGCCGCCACAGUCACGGCGACCUGAACAGAGUUGCCAUGUUACCUGAGGCUUCCAUUUUGACCUCGAGGCAAAUGUCAUCACCGUCUCAUCACCUUCGCUGUCAUUAUCAUCUACAUCAUAACUUAGCAUCUUAUUUUCGUAUUUUCUCUCUCUCUCUCUCUCUCUCUCUCUCUCUCUCUCUCUCUCUCCACACACACACACACACACAUCCAAUUUCCCUUCCGUUGUGUUCACUUGUGCUAUAGAAUGUGUUCGCUGAGCUCACUUGACGCGUAUAUGUUCAUCUGAGCUCACUCUUUUUAUCACGAGCAUUCACUUGGGCUUUACUAUGUUCACUUAUGCUCACAUGUACCCACCUGUCGCCAAUCAAGCUCACCUGUCUCCGUUUGGGUCUUAUCUGGGUGGUGGCAAUGACAACGAAAAGUGAUUGAAACUAAAACGAAAACGGAAGAAAAAAUAACAGAACACAAACGAUCAUGCGAGUGGCCGCGAACUAAGUUGUGAUGAUGAAGAUACAUAUACAUUUUUUUUCCAGUUAUUUCAUCAGUAAAAGUAGUAAUUCUUAUUUACUUUGACUUUUUAUCCAUACAAGGUUUGCCAAAAAAGGAGUGAGUAGAUUAAGUAUUACCCGCGAUGGCUUUUGAACCAAGAGUCCGUUUUCUUUUCUGUUGUGGCUCGAAUUUUAGGUCGAGAAAAAACCUACGGAAGACAAAUCGCACCACGUCACUGGACCGUGGGCUUUAAAUUAGAAAUAUGUAUCUGAGGAUGACAAAUCACACCACGCCAUCGGUCCCUGGCACGGGCGACGUUAUCAUGGUGUGUACGCAGUGACGCGUCGCUGAGGGAUCAUGAUAAAUCUCCUCGUCGUGUGAUUGGCUUGACGUGAUAUUGGCACUGGUGAUGGAUUUCUCUAAUUUCCCUCUGAUUGGCCAGCGAGUGUUGAGGACGUCAGCGAUUCAAGUGAUGGAGAUUCGUGCUCUUCCUGUCUUUGGGUCGUGUGUGCAGGCAGCUGAGCGUUGAUUGGCGUGCGAGUUCCCCAGACAUUCGAUCAUCAUCCCCGGAAGUGCUUCGGUUCAAGUCUGUAUUACUUGGCCACAUUUACCUCCCCGUUUCGAUGACGCCUCUGGACACACUGUGAUUACCUCGUGUGAGCAUGUACGGCACUUUUGACAUACCUGCUUGAGAGGUCUGGGACUGAAACAUAUCCUCCUCUAUACCUCUGUUUUGAAGACUUUGGAGGGUGCAGUGAGAAGCCCGAAGAACACUGUUUAUCUCUUACCUGCGGGAAACUUCGAGUCUUUCGGUGGGUAUUAAAGAAAAGUGCUCAAGGACUUUCUUAGACUUAACGAAAGUGUCUGUCUUAGUCGUAAUGGAAUAACGCACAAUAAUCUUUGGAAACUCGUCAUAUUCUUUUCGCACAUCAGCGUUUCAUGGGCACCAUGUAAUGAGGGCGAACCUAGACGUGUGUAACCUCCAGGAGAGUGUGAGUGAAUGGGGUCUUCGUUUAUAGUGAUGGGAAGAGGAGGAAGAGAAAAGAAGCGUGCCGAAAGAGGAUGUACUUGGUCUAUGUCUUUUAUGUGAGUAAAUAAGCCGAAUGACUGACAAACAAGGAAUCAGACGUACAGACUUACUGGAUGAUAAAUAUACAUGACGGAGGUCAUUAGGAAUGAAAAGAGAAAACAUUAAUGAAAGGUAAACAAGUAGCCAAUGACAGGUGGAGAGAGAGAGAGAGAGAGAGAGAGAGAGAGAGAGAGAGAGAGAGAGAGAGAGAGAGAGAGAGAGAGAGAGAGAGAGAGAGAGAGAGAGAGAGAGAGAGAGAGAGAGAGAGAGAGAGAGAGAGAGAGAGAGAGAGAGAGAGAGAGAGAGAGAGAGAGAGAGAGAGAGAGAGAGAGAGAGAGAGACAGAGACGAGACGAGACGAGACGAGACGAGACUUUCCAGACAAAGAUGUACAGACAGACAAAACAUUAAACCACGAUGGUAUACUUAACUCCAGAAAUAGACAUAGAGACGCUGCAUGGACAACGAAGCAUUUUACCGUUACCGUGUGUGUUAUGUACGUGUUUGUGGCGCUAUGUUGGCUGGCGCCGGGCGGGUGUAGCGGCCAGGUGAGGUGAGUGAGGUGUGAAGCGACGCUGUAAAUAAAAUAUCACUGUCGAUGUUGCCGCCUACGUGUUCGGGUCGAGACGGG